UCGGGGGCUGCGCUUUCUUAAGUGCCAGCCAGCGGCCUUCGGCCGACCCCCAGCCGAGCACCGACCCGUUGCCCCGGACGUCAGACGCGCGCAGCCCGGCCUUGCCACCGAGUCCCGUUUGGCGGCUGCGGACGGGCGGACAGACAGACGGACGGCGGUGGCGACCGAAGGCGCAGAGUCGCGCGCGGCGGGAGGGCAGAGAAAUCCGCAGGGCGGGCAGGAGCCAGACCCGCAGCCUCCCGCCGACAGCGCCAUGGACGGCACCGGCAACGCCACCCUGCUCUUCGACCCGUCCUCGCUGCAGCCGGACAACUACACCUUGUCGCCCAACGCCAGCAGCCUGAGCCCCGGCCCAGACGCCCCCCUGGCGCCCGCCUCCAGCGCCGGCCCCAGCCCCGGGCUCAGUGUCGCGCCGGGGCCCGGCGUCAGUUUCAGCCCCGGCCCCACUCCGACCCUGACGCCGACGGCCGGCUGCUUCGCGGGUGGCGCCGCCGGCCCGAGCCCUACCUCGUUCGCUCACCCCGAGGCCGCGCACGAGCCCCCGUUCUGGGACACGCCGCUGAACCACGGGCUGAACGUGCUUGUGGGCGCCGCCCUGUGCAUCACCAUGCUGGGCCUGGGCUGCACGGUGGACGUGAACCACUUCGGGGCGCACGUCCGUCGGCCGGUGGGCGCGCUGCUGGCCGCGCUCUGCCAGUUCGGCUUCUUGCCGCUGCUGGCCUUCCUGCUGGCGCUCACCUUCUCCUUGGACGGGUCGGCCGCCAUGGCGGUGCUCCUAUGUGGCUGCUGUCCCGGCGGGAAUCUCUCCAACCUUAUGUCCCUGCUGGUUGACGGCGACAUGAACCUCAGCAUCAUCAUGACCAUCUCUUCCACGCUCCUGGCCCUGGUCUUGAUGCCACUGUGCCUGUGGAUCUACAGCCGGCCUUGGAUCAACACUCCUCUGGUGCAGUUACUGCCCAUAGGCACAGUGAUCCUGACUCUCUGCAGCACUCUCAUCCCUAUUGGUUUGGGCGUCUUCAUUCGCUACAGAUACAACCGGGUGGCUGACUACAUUGUGAAGGUUUCCCUGUGGUCUCUGCUAAUGACGCUGGUGGUCCUUUUCAUAAUGACCUGCACUAUGUUAGGACCCAAACUGCUGGCAAGUAUUCCUGCAGCUGUUUAUGUGGUAGCGAUUUUUAUGCCUUUGGCAGGCUACGCCUCAGGCUAUGGCUUAGCUACUCUCUUCCAUCUUCCACCCAACUGCAAGAGGACCGUGUGCCUGGAAACAGGGAGCCAGAACGUGCAGCUCUGUACCGCCAUUCUAAAACUGGCCUUUCCGCCGCAAAACAUAGGAAGUAUGUACAUGUUUCCCUUGCUUUAUGCCCUUUUCCAGUCUGCAGAAGCAGGGAUUUUUGUUUUAAUAUAUAAAAUGUAUGGGAGUGGAAUAUUGUACAAGCAAGAUCCUCUAGAUGAGGAUGAAGAUGCAGAUAUUUCUUAUAAGAAACUAAAAGAAGAGGAAAUGGCAGACGCUUCCUAUGGCACGGUGAAAGCAGAUAAUUUAAUUAUGAUGGAAACCACUCAGACUUCACUCUAA